AUGAUCACACACAUUGCCACACCAACUAUUGUGACAACAGAAGCAUUCAAUGCUUCAAUCCCAACACAUUUUACAGUUGACCGAAUCCCAGGUCUCUGGAGUAAUCUAUCAUUCUCUUUGCAGCCCACCAAUGACAUAGUGGAUGUUCUUGAAGCCACUCCAUGUGUACUGGGCUACAGUGGAUUUGGUGUCAAUAAUAUACUUGGCUGGAAUCAAAUUAUCCUUUUUGGUACUCUCAAAUCACCAGAAUAUGAAGGGGGAACCUUCCAUGAUCCAUUUGCAACACAGUACAAUGUGUCAUGCAAUGUAAUUCCUCAAUCAGAAGAGAAUCCAUACACUGGUAAUUUGUGGCUUAUGGAUAAUGAUACCAGCCACUACUCCCUGUCCAUGAAUUUGACUACUUGUGUUAACCUGUACCCUGGUUCAAGCAUGGUGUAUACUUGGGGGCCCCCAGGCCUUGAUUUUUUGCUUGAACAACCAACAAGUCAAAAAGAGAAUGAGUCAUCUACCCCAGUCUUCCCUGUUCCAGAUAUUCUUGCCUCACUCGAGCCAUCUCAAUCUCAAUCUUCCCAUACUGGAGUAUUUCCCAUGGUUUUCAUCUCAGGGAGUCCACAUGCCCUUGUAGAGGGUGGUGUCAUAUCCAUCCCUGGCCAACGACUUCCGAUCCCUCCGAUCCCUCCAGUCUACCUCUGCUCCUUCUUCACCAACCUUGGAGCUCCCAUAUUCCAUGAUCCCCUCGGUACCCCUCGAUGGUCACCACCCCCUCCUUUCAAUUUAUUACCUAUGCCUCCCUAA